CGAUGCUGAUGCCCCGGUACACCAACCUUAACCAUCCUCCACCUCGUGCCCCCUCUCUUCCACUGCCAGCAAGGCGAGCCCUCGAACCUUCCAUCCGUCGCCCACCACCCCUCUCGACUCGCGGCACGAGAGCAGGCAGCAGCAAGGACAAGCCGCCAACCAGCAGAAGCCGACGCCGCCCGCCCGCUCCCACCCGACGACGAUGCGGCCGCCGCGGCGAGCCGCGCUCUCGCUCGCGCUCGGGCUCUCCCUCGUGGCCCUCCUCGCGGCGCGGGGCGCCGACGCUUCCGUCCACGAGUACGCCGGCGGCGGCUUCGCGCCGCGGGCCAACUCCUUCUUCUUCCACGGCGGCAGCGAGGGGCUCUACGCGUCCGACCCGUCCUCCAACUCCUCCGCAUCCUUCAUCAGGUUUGACACUGUAGUAUUCCGUCGGACUCUGGAGUCAGCAUCUAGGCAUGAGGAGAUGCAGCAAAAGACAGGUUUGGUGGAGGCUAUAAUUGUUGAGAUACAGGACAGGGACAAAAUUGGAGGUUCAUACCUUCAUUCUGAUGCAAUAUGCUGCACCCCUGAGCUUGAUAAGGAGAAAUUUUGUAGGGUAGGUGAAGUCAUCAUACGUCCAAAUCCUGAUAAUCCUGAAUGGCCUCAAAGAAUCCAGACAUUCUUUGAGGGUAAAAAUGAAGAAACCACUAUGCUACCUCAAUUAGUAUCAAUAAACAAAACAGGGAUGUAUUACCUCUAUUUUAUGUUCUGCGACCCUCAACUUAAGGGAUUGAAGAUUACAGGCAGGACGGUCUGGAGAAAUCCACAGGGUUAUCUCCCUGGUAAAAUGGCUCCAAUGAUGACAUUUUAUGGUUUCAUGUCACUUGCAUAUCUUGCACUUGGACUUCUAUGGUUCAUUCAGUUUGUGCGAUGCUGGAAGGACAUUUUGCAACUGCACUACCAUAUAACAGCUGUCAUUGCGCUUGGCAUGUGUGAAAUGGCUUUCUGGUAUUUUGAGUAUGCUAACUUUAAUUCAACUGGAACCAGACCUAUGGGCAUUACCAUAUGGGCAGUUACAUUUACUGCUGUGAAGAAGACUGUAUCUCGGCUUCUUCUAUUGGUAGUUUCGAUGGGCUAUGGUAUUGUUCUACCCACAUUGGGAGGCAUAACAUCAAGAGUUGCUGCUCUUGGUUUCAUCUAUUUUGUUGCUUCAGAAGCUCUUGAACUUGUUGAAAAUCUGGGAAAUAUCAAUGACUUCUCUGGAAAGACAAGGUUAUUCCUAGUGUUGCCUGUUGCAAUACUUGAUGCUACCUUUAUCAUCUGGAUAUUUUCAUCCCUGUCUAGAACAUUAGAGAAGCUACAGCUGCGGAGAAGCAUGGCAAAGCUUGAAUUAUAUCGAAAGUUUACAAAUUCUCUGGCCGUGUCAGUGCUUAUCUCGAUCGCUUGGAUUGGUUAUGAGCUAUAUUUCAACGCAACUGAUCCAUUGAGUGAACUUUGGCAACGGGCUUGGAUCAUCCCCUCCUUUUGGAAUGUCCUUUCUUAUGCCCUCCUUGCCAUCAUAUGCAUCCUUUGGUCUCCAUCUCGUAAUCCAACAGGAUUUGCAUAUUCAGAGGAUGCAGGCGAGGGGGCUGAUGAGGAAGGGCUCUCUCUAGUAGGCAGUGCAAUGAAAGGAACUGGAGAUAUGGUAAACAUGCAUAUCUUUCCUGAGGAUAAACGUGCAUGAUAAGUUUUGGCCCUGAAUGCAGCUGUACUCCUGGCGGAAUGCUAUGAGAAGUACUGUUUUCCUCUGGAUUCACGACUAGCUGACAUGUCAAAAUCUUGCGUAAGAUUCCAGAUGUACAGGUGGUGACUUGUUUUGAACGAUUUGACCAAGAGAUUUUACCUGUCAGUUGUGACUACUCGAUACAAAAAGUCGGCGCAAUAAACUUUCACUUUGAGAGCAUACGAGGGUUGUCUGUAAUCCUCGCGAUGGUGGUGUGGAGUUGUAGCUCGUUGAAAUGUAGCGUUGCCAGAGCUGAAAUGGAUCCCCAGUUAGCAUGGAUCUAGUGAUAUGUUGGCAAUUGCUGGUGUACCUAACAUGUUUAUUAGCAACGCAGUAUUCUUGGGUUCACGACUUGACUGUGAAUCGUAUAAAUUGUUGAGCCCCA